AUGUAUGUCAGCGCCCUCUGCUGUCAACUACUGGCAACGCUACCACCUAUGUUUAUCGAUUAUUUUCUCCUAGCGGAAACUGGUUUCUCACCCCCUCACUCCUCCUCCUCCUCCUCCUAUUCACAAUUUAACCUCCUCCUCCUCCUCUUCUUCUUUCUCAUCCUGCCCCUCUUCCCUGCCUGCAACUCAUUUCUGUUUGACAACGUCACCGGUGCCUGCCUGCACUCAGCCCAUACCGAACCCUUAACGCUCAUACUGUUCCCCGCCUUCUGGAAUUUUUACAGCUUCUUCAAUUUUUCUUUUUUUUUCUUUUUUUGUCUCAUUUGCAUACUUCAUUCGCAUAUGUGGAUUUCGUGGAAGAACAUUAAAAAACCAUUUUUUUUAAACUUAUUUUUCCUUAAAACAAAAAGAAAAGGAAUUUAUUUUAUGUUUUUUUCCAUUAAUCUUUCUGUUUUCUUUUUUGCACUCAUUCGUUUUGUUUCUCUUUCGUCUUAUUUGUUCGUUUCUCUUUUUCUCUUCCUUCUUUCUUCAUUUAUUGGUUUUCCUUCCUUUCUUUCUACUUUUUCUCUCCUUCUCCAUAUUCCUCCUCUUUUCAUUAGCGUCUUUCUUCUUCAGUGUUCUCCUUCCUGUUAA